CGCGCCACUUUUCUUGACAGUUUUUAGUGGUGUGGAUAAUUUCAAAAUGGCGCUACACAUUUCUUCUGUCUUCAACGACCAGAGGUGAAUUUUGUGAUCAUUGUGACCCGUUCGUAGCUGUGUUCUGGAGGAGACAGUGAAGUAGUGUAUGGUUUAGGGAGUUGUUUGCUCUGUUGAACAUGUGGAGUCGAGCAUGGAGUUCGACUCGUCCAUGAGCGAUUUGGACAAACUCAAACAAGUUCAGCAGAUUAUUCGUAUGUACUUAGAGACAAAGGAGAGAUUGGAGCAGGAGUUUACUGACACAUCCUCAGGAAGCACAUAUGACGAGGAGUACUCGGAUAUAUUGCGAACAAUCAGUGAACAUCAGGCACAGGAACGGCUUCUGCUACGAAUUCUUCCCAGCAGAUGUGGCGCUGCAGCCGUUACUGCAUGUGUAGCACCAGUAGAUAGGUCAGCAAUCUGUGUUCAGACCAAUAAGAGGAAGAGUAAAAAGGUCUCAACGCAGCCCAGAGGGCCUCGAGGUCCCGGACCCGGUGCUCAGAGAAAGCGAGCGAAGAGUGUGCCCAGUGCACAUAGUGUCCUAUCUAGUGAUGUGUCUGUAGACUCAGAGAGUGCCAGUCCAGAAUCACGUCGUACUGGAUGGAAGGACUGGGAAGUUGUUCGUGAUGACGUCCACUGGGGACAGCGUAUUGGUGCUGGAGCAUUUGGAACAGUGUUCAAAGGUUAUUGGCAUGGAGAUGUAGCCAUAAAGGUGCUGAACGUGGCAAAACCAUCACCAUCGCAGAUUCUUGCAUUCCGUAACGAAAUAUCCGUGCUCCGCAAGACACGCCACACCAAUGUUCUAUUUUUCGUCGGCUGCAUUGUGGAACCGUCAUUGGCAAUAAUUACACAGUGGUGCGAAGGUUCCUCUUUGUACCAGCACUUGCAUGUCAAUGAGCUGCAGGACUCUAUGCAAGAUUUAACGGAAAUUGCUAGACAGACGGCGUUAGCGAUGGAAUACUUGCAUGCGCGUCGUAUCUUGCACAGAGACCUCAAGUCCAACAAUAUCUUCCUUUUAGAGGACAAGACCGUUAAAGUUGGUGACUUUGGACUGGCCACUAUUCAAAUGUCUUUUGGCGGCGAUGGCAAGGGUAAAAUCAGCCCAGCCGGCUCCAUACUAUGGAUGGCACCGGAGAUCAUUCGCAUGAAGCCAGCUAAUCCCUACUCGUACGCAUCUGACGUGUACGCUUUCGGCAUUGUCAUGUACGAGCUGAUGUCGUCCGAGCUGCCCUACACGCAAGUGGGUAGCCGUGAUCAGCUGCUGUUCAUGAUCGGCAAUGGCUUGUUGCGUCCGAGCGACGACAAGGCACGCAAGGACACACCGCGAGCAUUCAAGCAGCUGUUCCGAGAGUGCGCCUGCUACGACCGCGAGAAGCGACCUCUCUUUCCCUACAUUCACGAAACCCUGAAAGCUCUCGGGUCAAACAUUCCCAAAUUCGAGCGAAGUCGUUCGCUCCCCAACCUAACGGAUAACUCCUAGCAACGGAUAUCUCUUUCAAUUUUUUCUUGACUGUCUCAUUUUUCAUUUGAAUAAUAUCCUUCUGUGGAUUCUUUUUUCUCUUGACAUAUUUUUAACACCCAAGUUGAUCACAUUUCGAAACUUUGCCUGAGAAAACGACAUGGGUUCAUUGUAUGAAAAUUUUAUAUUUUAGCUGAUUUAUGAUCAUACCACACACAAAAAAAUAUUUUCUGUGUUAUAACAGUACCAUCGUUUCUCUUCCAUAUAUGGCUGAUAUCCCCAGACCAUGUCAUCUUGACAAGUUUUCUAUAUGUCCAUUCUCAUAAUGAUAUUCCGAAUUUGUUUGUCCUUGACCAGUACAGAAUUCUGGCUGAUGUUCACAUCAUUAUCUUUGUGCUCAA